GUGGUCUUCCUCUUCCUUUCCUGGGACGCUGGCUGGAGGGAGGUGGUGACUCGCUACCCGGAGAAGAGAGCGAUUGCAUAGCUGAGGAAAUUUCCAGAAGUGCACUCUUCUCCACCUCCCUGUUGGAUUGGGACCCUGUUUGUCCCCAGCCAAGGCCCCCACAAGAGACCCAUGCCCUUCUUCUUGCCCUAGAGCGUCGCCCUGGCGCUUGGGCACAGGCAGGUCAGAUCCCCGGGAAGCCCUUGGCAAGUCCCGCCCCCGCCAUCCAUCUGUGCACUGGACGGGAGACGAAGGCGUGGCCAUGUGCCCGCCGGUCAGUGCGCGGCCCGGCAGGGAGGGCGUGUCCCACCUGUAUGCGUCCUGGCGCUAUCAGCUCCAGCACGGGGACCAGCUACGGAUUUGCUUCACGUGCUUCAAGUUCGUCUUCCUGAGCUUUAAAGAGUCGCUGGAGUCGGAGGACUGGGACGAUGAGGACUGGGACCCUGAGUUCCUGGAGAACCCCGUAGGGGGGCCUGGCUGGGGGCAGGCCCUAGAUCAGCCUGCACUGGAGGCUUCUGCGGACUGGAGCUCGGACAGCCCCACGUCAUCCCCUGAUGGGUCUGCAGAGGGGGGCCUGGACCAGUACUUUGUGCCCACGGAGCUGACCCCUCAGGACGCAGCACCCCUGGGCCUGGGUCCUGAGGAUGCCGACUGGACCCAGAGCCUCCCCUGGCGAUUCGGAGGCAUUCUGGCCUGCUGCCACUGGCCGAGCCCUUAUCUGUUGUGGCAGGUGUUUCUCAAAGAGGUCCUACCCCCCGGGGAGCCCAUGCUGUUGGAGCUGGGCACCACCCACCCAGUGGACCCUGCGGAGGCUGAGGCCUGGUUACUGGGCAUGCAGGUCAUGUCCGUGGUGGAUGACUCUGACACCACCUACCUCCGGAACAUGACAGCACUCUGGGCCCUGAGGACCCCAGGCCAGGGCUGGAACGUGCUGCUGGAGCCUGAUGACAUGUGUGCAGUGCGGCUGCAAGACGCACCCCAGGGGUGGGACCUGAACCAGUGGAAGCUGAGCAUUCUGGAAACCUCUGAGACAGGAUGCGGUGCUGAGCUGGUCCCUGCAGAUACAGCUCUGCUUAGGAGGGGGUUCAGCAUCCUCUCUUACUCUCCCUGGAACAAGGAGGAGGCAGAGGAGAGCGACUCAGCCUCUGGGCCCGAGUUCUCCGCCCAAGGACAGGGUCUCAGCAUCACUGGGACUGGGGAGAGCCCCGGCCCUGGAGCAGCUGCCCUAUUCCCAGCUCCUCCACCUAAGACCCGGAAGUGAGGGACUGGGGUCCAAGUGCCCCAGGACGCCCCUUCCCUGCAGCCAAGGGGAGCUGUUGUCAGAGGAUGGGGACUCUGGCCUGCGGUGGGGGGUGGCUUCAGUCCUGAAACAGGCCCUCAGCAGGAAGCAGCACAAAUGUCCUUAGCUAGGGACAGGGUUUCAUACUGUGGAUCGGCACAGAGUUGGCAGUGUGACUGCGG